AGGAGUUCACUGUCUGUUCAUUAAGCUUUAACAUUACCUGGAUUUAGCCAUUCUAAAGUCAGUGUACAGUUGGAAAAAAAAAACAAAGAUAUUUUUAAGAUUGAAAAUGAUGAAGAACUUUGGAGUUGUAAUACAAUGUUCCUGCCAUAGACUUUAAGGAAGUAAGAGAUUUGUUAAAAAUCUCGGCUCUUGGGGAGAAUCUGGACCGCAAUGUUUUUCCCGUUGAGGACCUCCCUGGGGAGGUAGUUCUACAUCAGAGCAGGAGAUACAACCGGCAGGAAACACGAGAAGAGAGCCAAAUACAAUACUCUUUCACUAAGCUGCCCACGGAUACUGUACUGUAUACUGGAUACUGUACCGCAGCUUGUGCCAAUUCACCUGCGUGUCUGCGUGCGUGUCCACGGGUGUGUGUUCGCGCAACCAAAAAAAAUCAAGAGUAAAACUAGGAUUGCGAACCAUGUGGUGCGACCUCUGACCCCUGCCUCAGCCAUCGUACGCGAACACGUCCACACGGGGGGGACAUGUUCUCCCACAGGAAGAACAGCGUGCCGUCGCCCAGCAUCGACGACUCCUACUUCGGCUUCUCCCUGAGCAUUCCCAGCACCCCCUCCUCGCUGCUCCCCGGGGGGGGAGACCUGGAUGGGGGCCGGGGGGAUCUGGAGCCAGACCUGAUCCUGGCUGCAGAGCUGGGUCAGGCGCUGCUGGAGAAGAACGAGGAGCUGGCCGCCUCUCUGCAGGAGAGGGAGAGGGAGCUGGAGGUGGUCCAGCAGCAGAGGCACGUCUUCCAGAGGAAGCUGGAGAUGAACGAGUUGGCGUCCGGACAGAGGGAGGCGGAGCUAGUGGCAGACAUGGCGGUCCUACGGGUGGAGCUGGAACGCCAUCAGAAAGAUGGGCAGGACCGACGGCGGGAUGAGAGUGAUCAGCUAACCCAGUUAGCUAAUCACAACCAGCGACUCGUGGAGCAAUUGGCAGAGGCGGUGACUCUGGAACACACCCUGAGGACAGAGCUUCGAGCGCUCCGAGAGGAGGUGGACGAAUCUUCCUUCAGCCGAGGCAUCAGCUUCAGUCAGCAGAGGAACAUGCAAGCAGAGAACAAGAUGCUGCACGGUCGGCUGUCCCACAUGGCGGAGCAGAUGGGGGCGGUGCAGGGGGCGGGGGAGAGGCUGCGGGCGGAGAGGGAGGAGCAGAGGGAGAGGCUGGCCGACCUGCAGGCCAGACUCAGGGAGAAGGAGACGGAGAUAGAGCAGGAGCAGGGAGUGGUGUUUGAGUUGCGUUCGGUGAACCGCACUCUGCAACAGAAGGCUCUUAGGCUGGGGGACGAGAGCGUGUUGGAGAACACACACAUGCAACCUCUCUCUCUGCUUAGUGAAAUACAGCAAUCCCAGGCUAAAGACACCCUACUGGCCCACUCGACAGUGCUUCAAGCCAAGGAGGAGGAGAUCCAGUCGCUGAAGGAGGAGCUGCUCUCACAACAGCAGGAGCUGCUCUCUCUCAGGGAGGAGAUCAAACCCUUCCACAGCAACCGCAACAAACCCAGUUACAGUGUUCUUGAGGGAGAGCUGGCAGUCAUACAGCAAGAGAAGGAGUCCCUGACACAGCAGCUCAUGAACACCAUCAAACACAAGGUGGCCCUGUCACAGGAGCUUGAAGCCUGGCAGGAGGACAUGCGGUUGGUGCUGAACGAGCAGGUGAUGCAACGUCAGGGGGAACUCCAGAAGGAGCAAAAGGAGACCAGUGAGAAGAGGGAGAAGGAGAGGUCGUCAGGACUGCAGCGCAGCAAGUCUCUGAAGCUGGGAGGGGAUAAAAGCAAAGGAUUCUUCACUGCACUCUUCAGGGAGAAAUAAAUACAUUUUAAAUGUGUGGUACGAUUUGGGAGUUGUAAAGGGACAGAAAAUAGCAAGAUUUUGAAACUGGACCUCCAUGAUCCCGCCAAUAAGAAGUGAUGCAUUUACAAACUCUUGAUUGACAGGCAAGAUGAAUUCCCCAAAUCUAUCGCGGUAGAGAUGCCGUGAAUGGUCAGAAAUUAGCCGGGAGCAUGGCUAACUUCAAAUGGAUAUUCUCACAGCGUAUUUCACGGACUUAUUAUUGACGGACAGCUUUGCAAUUUCUAACAAAUUGAAUUCAAAUAACAGCUCUUUAAUCGUACCUACAGCACCUCACUUUAAGCCUGUUUACAUUCAGCGGCCUAACAUUUGAAACGGAUAUAUUAUAUAUAUAUAUAUAUAUAUGUUUAUAUUUACACUUUACAGACCUCAGAGCUCAUCUAUUUUAAGAAAUGUUGUUGUAUAUAUGUACAGUAUAUCUAUUACAUGACAAGACCUUGAAUAGCUUAUUGUUGUUUGCUAUUUUAGUGUCAGAAGAUUUUGUAUUUUAUUGUAUUAAACAUUAGUUUCAUUUUUGGAAACAUUCCCCUUCAAGUUAA